AUGCAGAAAUUAAAAAGGAAAAAUGGAGAAGACAAUACUUCACCUUUAAAAAAGAAGAAAGUUCAGUUUAGCGAACCUACAAAAGAAGGAAAAGGUAAAAAAUACGAAAAUACAAAAGAAGGAAAAGGUAAAAAUAACGAAAAUAAUAAAUCGUUUAAGAAAGGGGAUUUCAAAAAUGGAAAGAAAUUUUCCAAACCAGGAUUUAAAAGUAAACCGGGUUUUACUAAAAAUGCAAAGCCAUCUUCAAAAGAAGGCAAAGAUGAAAAGCCGAAAUGGUCAGAAAUGAAAAAAGAGAAAAAGAAUUUACGAUUAGAGCGACGUAAAGCUAAAUCAACAGCAGAAAUAUUUGAAAUUUCUAAUAAAGCUAAAUUAUUAGCUGCACAAAUUCAAAGGAAGGUGAUAAAACCUGAUUUUAGAAGUACUGCAUGUAAAGAAUUACAUGCUCUCAUCAAAGGCCAAUAUAAAGCUAUAGCAUUGACCCAUGAUCUUAGUAGAGUUAUACAAGUUUUACUCAAGCAUAGUUCAGAUGAAAUUAAACAUGAGAUAACAGAAGAACUGAUGGAUAUAAUGGCAACAAUGAUGCAAUCGAAAUAUGCUCACCACUCGGUGAAGCGCAUCCUCAAAUAUGGCAACGAUUCAAUAAGACACCAAGUAAUUAAGAAACUAUUCGGCAAUAUAGUGUCUUUAGCGUCGCAUUCUAUAAGUGCGCCGGUACUAGAUUAUGCAUAUGGAGAAUUUGCUUCUAAAAAAGAAAAGAUGCACAUGCAACAGGAGUUUUACGGGGAAAUGUAUAAAAACACAAAAGAUGACAGUGUGAAGACAUUGUGUGACACAUACAAAGACAGUCCUGAAAUGAAAGCUGCUAUUUUGCAGUCAUGCAAAGCGAACAUACAACGCAUCUUGGAUAAAAAUUUACAUGACAGCGAAUUACUGCAUUCUGUGUUGUAUGAUUACAUAAGAGAGUGUAGUAAGGAAGAUCAAACGGAACUUAUAUCAACUCUGAGUCCAUUGAUUGUGCCUCUCAGUAACUCCUUGCCUGGAGUGAAUGUGGCCAGUUUAUGUGUCUGGCAAGGAACAAAUAAAGAUAAAAAGACUAUAUUGAAAGUAGUUAAGGAACAUGUGGUGCCGCUAAGUAAACAUAAAACUGGCUAUAGACUUCUUAUAGUGAUAUUUGAUUCUGUUGAUGACACAGUGUUAGUUAAAAAGACGAUUGUGUCAACCCUCGUCAACAAUCUGAAGGACAUUGCAAGAGACCAUUGGGGAAAGAUGACAUUACACUGGCUCGUAAAGCCUAAGGAUUCGGCAGCAUUCCACCCUACCUUUAUAAAGUUCUUGGAGGAAGGUCUUAAAACUGGAACUUCAAAGAAAGACACGGAUAUUCGGGUUUCGGAGUUGAGAGAGCUGAUUCUCCCCGCCAUAAAGAGUGAUAUUGAAAACGAUCCUGAAUUCUGGCUAAAGGAUAAAGCAACUUUACUGUUAACAAUAGCUGUUUUAUCUAUUGAUCACUCUAAAAAGGCAUUGGAAGAACUCGCCAAAGUCAUCUGCAAAGUAGAUUGGACUAUAACGAACAAUGAUAAAAGUAUACUAGCAAUAGAAGAUGCUGGUAUACACAUGUGCUUGAAGAAAUUGGCGGCUUUAGACAAAGAUGCUGAAGAUUCACUGGGAAAUUUUAUUUGUGAUAAUAUUGAAGAUGAAACUUUGAAAAUGUGGUUGGCUACAAAUCGUGGAUGCUUUUUCAUUGUCAAACUCAUAGAAAAUAAUGAAGAAAGUACAUCAAAGAAAUGGAUAAAAAAGUUGAAACCUCAUUCAAAAUUACUAAAAGCACAGUCUUCUGAAGGAGCUAAAAUUCUUUUACAGAGUUUGUAA